AUGGCUUCUGAUGCUGCCGUUGUUCCCGGUGAUGCCAAGUCCCCGCAAGAGAUCCGGAGUAAAGACUACUAUGAGGCCCAGAACUCCGAUGGAGUUUCUGUGACUAAUGAGGAUGAUCGCGACCUCUUGAAGCUGGGCUAUCGCGCUGUCCUGGCGCGUAGUUGGGGGUCAUUCGACAAUUUCGCCUGCUCGUUCUCGGCACUCAAUUGUAUUGGAGGCAUACGUGUGCUGUUCUAUAUCGCCCUCAGUGGAGGCGGGCCGGUUGCCAUAUGGAGUUCUUGGCUCUCUGGUACCAUCUUUUCCCUCAUCACUGCCGCCUGUCUUGCUGAAGCUUGCUCGAGCUACCCCGCCGCGGGGUCGAUAUACUAUUGGGCGUUCCGUUCUUGGGGAGGGGGUAGAAUUGGCCGCUUCGUAUCAUUCCUCGUUGCUGCAUGGACAUUGGUGGCAUGGACCGCCUUUUUGGCAAGUGACUCGUUCGGUGUCGCCAAUUAUCUGAUCUCGGAGAUCGUGGUGUUCAGCCCGGAGACAAGCUUCCCCUAUGAAACGGCGGACGUCCGUGCGCGUGCCGUGGCAUGGGCCUUCUCGCUCCUUUUCCUGGCCAUCGCUACCACUCUAAAUUUCCUGCCACCGCGCAUGUAUUCUUGGGUGUUUCGGGCAGGCGUGACACUCAUAGUGAUUGACAUGUUACUCAACUUCAUUUGGCUUCCCAUCGGGGUGUCCAAGACAUACGGCUUCCAGACAGCGGAAUUCGUGUUUACAUCUACAUACAAUGGUGGGGACACCAGCCCUGGUUUGAACUGGGUUCUCUCGUGGUUCUUGGUCGGCAGUUGUCUUGUGGGACAAGAUGCCUCAGGCCAUGUCGCCGAGGAGACUGUGUCAGCUAAGAAAGCCGCGGCCAAGGGUAUCUUUUGGGCAACAGCGGCCUCCGCUUUGUGUGGCUUCCCGAUCAUUAUCUUGUUCCUCUUUUGCAUGCCUCCAAUUGAGACAUUUUAUGACACCACUGUACCUCAGCCGUUCAUUAAUUUGUACGCAAUGGCCCUCGGGCCCCAUGCCCAUGUUGUGAUGACCAUUGUCGCAAUGAUUGGAGCCAUCCUGAACACAUCGAUUUCCCUGGUUGCUGUGUCGCGACUUGUAUUCGCGGUGGCACGUGAUGGUGUCUUCCCGUUCAGUGACGUGUUAUCGCGUGUGUCAAGGUCGAAGCAGCCCCACAACGCCGUUCUCUUUAUUUCGACCAUCGCUGCACUUCUUCUUUGCACUCAGCUGCCAUCUCAGGUGGCUUUCUCCAGCUUGAUCUCUACCUCAGCCGCGGGCUCACUUGCGGCAUAUGGCCUGCUGGGAAUCGGGCGCGCGUUUAUCACGCGUGACUCGUUCCGCCCCGGUUUCUGGGAUCUAGGCCGGUUUGGCGUGGUUGCAGCUGUUGUCACAUUCCUGUGGAACGGGUUUGCAUUUGCCGUUCUGUGUGCGCCAACGUACUCGAACAAGGCGAUCGAUCAAGAUUCUAGUCUGUUCAACUACGCGAUUGUGAUCAUGGGAGGAGUGACUAUCAUCGCAAUUGCCGAGUGGUGGCGCAAGUCGAAAGGAAUUUGGUUGGAGCAUCUCAAAAUCGUCGAUUCCGAUACCGAGAUCAAACACUCCUUUAUGAAUGCCGAGAAAACGAAUACGGCGGCCGAUAAAGUUACCGUUUGA